AUGGUGGCCUUAGCUGGGAGCAGGAAGGGUGUCAUGAAUUGCCCGAUUACUCUGGAAGUGCAGCGACCCGGCUUACCUGAUUUGACGUUGGUGGAUCUGCCCGGAAUCACGCGUGUUCCAAUCGACCAGCCAAGGGACAUUUACGACCAGGUUAAGGCAAUGAUAAUGCAUUACAUUACUCCGAAGGAGAGCGUGAUUCUUAACGUUCUUGCAGCUGAGGUGGAUUUCACUACAUGUGAAUCCAUUGUGAUGUCGCAAGAGGUUGACAAGGAUGGCGAUCGCACGCUGGCUGUCGUCACCAAGGUAGACCGGGCUCCUGAUGGCCUCUAUGAGAAGAUCCAGGGAGAUUCUGUGCGCAUUGGACUUGGCUACGUGUGUGUCAGGAACAAGACUGACGCUGAUGCUUCUCAUGAGGAGGCAAGAAGGGCAGAGGAGGCUUUUUUCAACAAUCAUUCAGAAAUGUGCCAGAUCGAGGCGCAUUCCCGUGGAAUUCCAGCCUUGGCUCAACGCCUGACGGAGAUUCAAGCCAAGCGAGUGGCAGACAGCAUCCCAAGGAUCAGGCAGGCCAUUCAGAAGGCUCUUGCUGCAAAGGAGACAGAACUGCAGACCAUUCCGUUUGCAGCCACAUCUAAUGCUGCAGCAUUGGGGGUAAUUUCUUCAACGAUUCAGAAGCGACGGGACAUGAUGAGUGGUAUCAUCAGUGGGAGGUAUGGCCCGUUUCAGAGCGAUGAUGCAAUGCACUAUGCUGCCAGGCUGCAUGAGAAGUUCAACGAGUUUGAGGCUAAGAUGCGAAAGGUUCUCCCGGAUUUCCUUGGACAAAACUACACUGAAAGGUGUAAGGAGGCUCUGAAAGAGGUGGCUGGGGUUUCGCUCCCAAACGUGCUGGAUCAGGCGAUGGUGAAGCAGCUUGUUCAGGAGGUGGUGGAAAGCAUUGAAGGGCCGUGCCUGCUGCUGGUGAAUGACUGUUUCGCUUAUGCAACCGAGAUGCAGCAGGCUGUGGCGUCACACGUCUGCGGGAUGAAGGCCAAGGAGUCAGCAAGCCACUUCGUCCAAGACAUGCUGACGAAGGAGAAGCGGAUUAUCUUCACGCUCAACCAUUACUACAUGGACACGGUUUCUAAAAUCCACGUGAAGAUUGCUGAUUUCAAAAAAGCGCAGUCACCUGUCCCGAUUCCGACAUACGUCCAGAAUUCGCCAUAUGCCCCGGUUCAAGCUCUUCCAGCCCCUCCCUCUGUUGACGAUUUCGGCUCCAGCACUGCUUCACUCGCCAACUUGAUCAGCAACGACGACCAGGCAGCCAGGGAUCUGCAAAUCAAUAUGUUUUCGUAUGCCAAGGUGACACACAAGAGGCUAUGUGAUGUGAUCCCCAUGGAGAUACGGAUGUGCCUCGAGACUGCUCUCCUCGACGACACUGAUGGCGCUGUGUGGCAGGAGAUUCAUGGUGGGGACAUUUCCAAGAUUGCAGCCCUGAAAGCAGUGGAUGAGCAGCGUAGGACUCGACUGGAGGAGAGCAUCAAACGGUUGAAGGCAUCCGAAGCCACUCUGUUGGGCCUCGCAUUUGAUGUUCCUAUGCUGCCAACUUAG